AUGCAUGUCACGUCUUUCACUUCCCUCGCCGUCGUUCUCGGCUGCCUCGCCGGCAUGGGCCUCGCUGCCGCCACCGAGGGUGACCAGGCUCCGACGGCCAUCUUUGAACACAACUGGCUGGGUGAACUGACCGAGAUCUCUACCGGCGCGACAGUCAAGAAUCGCAAGCGAGCCAUCAAGCUUUCCGACGGUCCUAUCUCAAAGUGCACCGACUACCCAAAGGGUUUUGGCCCUCCACCCACCGUCGAGGACUGCAAGGCCGUGGUCGAGCAGUUCAAGGCGCAGACUGGGGACAUCACCGUCAAGCUGGUCGAGGGCUGUGUGUUCAAGACGUCGGGUACCUGCACCGGCUCCGUCUGCCCCCAGAAACUCGGACAGAGCACCAUCCCGCCCGCCACGGCCGCCCAGUUCAUGGCCUCUCCCGUCCUCGACUGCAUCGCGAACGGCCAACGCGGAUGGUGGAUCGACGGAAAGAAUUGGGGCGUCGGAGUCUACCUGACCUGA